UUUCUGUCCUGUAGGGAGCCUUGACCCAAUUUCUCUAAUCCUGCAUUGUGUGUAGCCACCCAGGCAUUGUUGUACCCCAAAUACCAUACAGCGUUUCGUACGUAGAGAAAGGCAUGCAAGCAGGGCUAUGGUAGUGAUCGGUGAUACUCUUGUUUUCUUUUCAGAAAGGCAACAAAAUGGAGAGGACAGGGGAGAGAGUGACAUAUAAAUGUAGACUUUGCAGACAGCAGUUGUUUGAUAGCUCGUGUGUUCUCAACACAAGCACCAAUCAUCACCAGGAUGUAGUUACUGUAUCGUCAGAAUAUUCUCUGGGCCAGUCAGCCAUGACUGCAGUUUCCCCGACAUGGACUCUAGCCAACAGCAUGCAGGGCUCGGCCAAGAGCUUUGCUCUGCUCACCCAAGGGAGGACAGGUGGAUCUUCUGAUGGUGUUCUUGCUCCAUAUGGUCAGGUCACUGCUGGACCCAAUCCACUUUGGUAUAUCAACGAAGAAUCCACGCCACCUUGGGUUCAGAGAAUAUUAAACAAGUUUCAAUGGAAGAAGGGAAAGCUGUCAUGCCCUAAAUGUCAUGGUCGCCUUGGUGCUUUUGAUUUUGUCACACCCUACAAGGUGACCAUCAGCAGUAAAAAAGUGUCUCGCAUUCAUGUAAUGAGAAGUCGUGUUGAUUGUGAGUCUUCAUCACCUAUUGUUGCCAGGAUCCGUCCAAUGCCUCAAAACACAAGAGAUGUAAAUGAGAGUAAUGACCCUGAUGAACCAACCUCUUCUGCACAGCCAGAAGCAUCAGUAGCUGGAGCAGAGAAUCUGCCGCAUCCAUCAGAUAUUGAUCCACCCGUCCCUGUCACUUCAGCACCUGUCUUGCCUCUACUAACUGACCAGACCUCAAGACAAUUCUUGCCAGAAACAUUCUCCUCAGCAUCAGAUGAGGAUUCUCUGUCCAACCUUCCCAUCUCAGCAAACUACCAAAGACCUGUGUCUGUAUCCCAACCUUUGGAACAGACACAGAGACAUAAUGUCAUCAGCAGCACAACAACAAGUGUGCCAGCAGAGCAAUCCCAUCAAUGUUCCAUAUCUACCGGUAAUCGUAGAAUCGUGAGAUCUAGUUCAGGAUCACAGCAAUGCAGUCUUAAUUUGCAGUCAGGUGAUCUUGAUAGUGUUCGUCAUAGGAUAAACAGGGGAACUGUCCCGAUUGAUAAGUGUGUGCCAUUUGGAAUAGAAAUUGGGCAGGCAAGAAGUGAUUCACCCAAAGACAACAGUAUUGCCCAUGUUGCUGGCACAAACAGACUAAAAAAAAGAGUGGCUCAACAAAGCUUUACAUCCUCUCUACCAAGUACAUCUAAUGAUAUUCUUAGUCCAACAAUAAAUCCAAACCAAAGACACAAUUUGCAAUAUGAUAACCAUUCAGAUGAGCCUGAAGAUGACGAUGAUCACCACGAGGAAAGGGUACAUUAUCACAUUAAUCUGUCGUCUCCAAGUAGCAGUUCUAUUUCUACAGUAGUUUCUCACUCCAGGUCUCCUGAUAUUUCUGCCAACAUAUUCAAGAACAGUCCAGCAUUCCUUAGGCCGCUCAUUAGCAGUACAUUUUCUUCAGAAAGGACCAGAAGUCUUACUUCUGGUAGUUCACCACCAAGUCUUUACUCACCAGUCCUACCAUCUGCAGAACAAGAUGACCGAACUACACCAACAGCGAGAGAUGCCCCUUUUGUUUCCCAAGGGCUUACUGUAAGAGACUCGGAUGAUGAUGAGGAUACCUUGGUAGUAGAUCAUCAAAGGGAGAGUGCACCAAUCGGUGUCGGGCAGAGGAGUCCUAGAGAACAGAGAAGGGAAAGAAACAGGAAAAAGAAAGAGAGAAGGAAACAGAGGAGGUAUGAGAGGUGGUUGGAAAGACAAACACUUGGGGCUGAAGAAGAAUCAGCAAUUCAGGAUAUCAGUGCAGCAGGUCUGUAUUCACUGCUUGGACCACGAUGUGCAGGUAGCUCACUUCGGGAGGUCACUACAUGCUCUGUAUGUUUGGAUAUCUACUACCAACCCCACACUUGCUUUCCUUGCGAACAUAUCUUCUGUGAGCCUUGCCUUCGCCAGGUGGCACGCUUUCACCCUGUGGUCACUCCCUGUCCGCUCUGCCGAACCACCAUUAGGAAUGUGAAGAUUCAUGAUCAACUGACAUCUGCUGUAAAGCAGCUGUUCCCACGCCAAUUUGAUAUCCGGCAUCAGAUGGAACGUCGUACCCUGAAUCGCUCCUUCCCUUUGCCAGGCAAUUCCAACCUUCCUCCUUGGUAUCGUAUGGGGUAUCAGAACAACCGUAAUCAGGUGGACUUCCUUGCGUCCCGUCGUAAUCCUGGUUAUGUGCAUGAUUGGGGUAUGCGCUAUCUCCAGGGUGUAGUGUGGAGGGUUGUGGCUUCCACGGCAGUGCUUCUAAUUGUAUCUGGUAUUUCAGUCGGAUUCUUGCAUUUUAUGUUUGAUUUUUCAUAGGAAAAUCAUUUCUGUUGUAUGUGUUAAUUGUACACUUAGCCAUAGUUUAAAUUCAUAAAAAAAGUUAAUUGAUAUUUGUGACAUCAAAAUACUUCAUAUUUAUGACAUGUCCGAGAGGAUUAAAAUCUUGUGAAAGUUACUACAUGCAGUUUAUUGCAGAUGUAUGAUGCGAUAUGAAAACUUUUAUCUAGGUAAGUGUUGUAAUAGUCGGUAAAUUGCAAGAUGAAAUAUAAUUGACCAUUGGUAAGAUUGUUUGAUAUUAGCAGGUUUAUAGAUGUAUUGUUUAUUUGAGUCCAAGAAGAAUUUGGAGUUCAUGGUUUUUUUUUUGUUGUGGAAAAGCUGGAGCCGUGUCAGAAUUUUCUGUCCGAGAUUCCAGUGGCAUUUUUUGUUGAUUUCCAAAGUGUUGAUAAAUGGAUGUUGGAACAGGAAGCUUUUGCAAAAAAAAUAGAAAUAAUGAAUUAUCAUGUUUUAAUAUCAACUUCUAAAUGUUACGAUCCGAGAUGAUAGGUAUUGUUUAAGGAAUUGAUAAAAGGCUUAAUACAUGUAGAUAUCCUACAAUAAAAUGGAUAACUGGUAUACAGUACAUGUGUGGCAUUAUUCUAUAUUCGUUCUAUUUCUUGUAUGUACACAAGCUGUAAUUGUAUUUGAUAAUGCAUUUUUUUUAAAUAACCUCCAUACAAUAUGUCCACUGCAUAAAACAGGCAAAGCAUCAUGUAUAUAUACUUGUACAUGUAUAAUGGAUUGGAUGCUGUUAUUUUGUCACUUAUUAUUUGUUUAUUUAUUUAUUGAUUUAUUGGAAGUUACAUAAGCCGUGUCAAAGGUACUGAAGCACCAUGCUGAAAGAGGUACUCUGGCCUAAUCAUAGAUGAGUUUACAAAUAAACAAAUUCAAAACUAAAAAUUUCAUCCAAAUCAGAUUAGAAUAUGAAGAAUCAUUAUGACACUGGCAAGUUUUGAAUUCUCUUAAUGAUGCAAUUAUAUGCUUAUCAUAUGCAAUUUUUAAGCUCAUGAUUUCACAUCCCAAAUUUUCCUUUUGUAUCUCAUAUCAUGAAUCCUUCAUUAAUGUGUUAACAAAGAUAUAUGUCAUUGCAAAGAGUUUAUAGCAAAGAUGAUUAUUUCUAAAACCAUGGAGUGUCAAUUAUUUUUCUAGACAACUUUUAAUAGUUAUUUCACAUGAUACAAAUACAGAAUAGGGACAUGACAUCUUACAAAUUCAUGAUAAUAUGCCUCUAUGGAAUGUUAAAUAUGACAAUUUAAGCCUUUAAUUACCAUAGCUUGUUUUUCAUCUGAUUUCAGUUAUUUCAUUGUUGUGCUUGAUGUAAGUUUCAGUCCAGAGGACCCCUCAAAAUUGAGUCCAAGGUUGACAUUUCACAUCCUGUAACCCAGUAUUGGAUACUGGUAGAUAUGCUUUUCAUUCUUUGCAUUUAUCAUGUCAAUGAUGCUGGUUUUCUUUUGCCAUGUAAUCUGUAUCUAAUCAUGAGUCAUUUAAGUUCAAAAUCCUUUCAGUAUACCGCUUGUCACCAAGUUUGUGUAUGUAUCAGUGUGCUCAUUAAUUGCACCCUGGAUAUGAUAAAAUCCCUACAGAGUUUAUGACACUGUGAUUGGGUUAACCAAUCUAUCAGGAUCAAGGCAAAGGAAUGACAUUUAUCACAAUUGUGGUUGUUAUUUUCACACAUUUUGAAAUUGUAUUUUGUUGUUGAAUAUCAACUUUAACAGGAAGGAGCCCCUGUUCUGAAAUAGAAUUAACAUUUUGCUAGUCCCUUUUGAACCAAGAAAGCACAACUUUCAUUUUCAAUGUAUCCUCCACUGCCAAAUGUAUUUUCAAACAAUUAUUGCAAUAGUUGGCAUGCAUGUAGUUUCGUAUUAUAUCUUUAAGUAACAACUAUAUAGCAAUGUACAAUACAAUGGUUUUUCGCAAAGUUUAGAUGUAUUGUAGGAGUGACAAACUAUAAUGGUAGACUCUUGCUCUAAAAUUCAGUUUUGAUUGUUGCCAUUGUUAAUCAAGUUCCUGAAAUAGAAAACAAAAACAAAGCAUAUGUAGAGUUGUUUGCUGGUGUAUAUAUUUGUUAUCAGUUCAUAUAAGAUGGUAUUCAGUAUUAUGCAUGAAAGACAUCCUUGACAGGUGGCAUAGCCAUGUUUCUAUAUUAUCUUUCACCAGAGUUUGACAUUAUGAAAAAUUUGUAUUCUAUCAUUUACUGUCAUCACCAUAUCCUUUUAUGUCAUGUUUUCAUUUAUAAGGGUACUCUUUAUUCUUUGACAGUUUAACAGGUUGCACAUCUACACUUUCCAAUUACUUUUUACUUUAUUUACUUAUAAAAGAGGAGAGUGUGAUUGAUUACCUUGUUUUGUAAAAAUCAAAUUAUUCAUGUGGUAUGAUGAUCAAGAAUUCAUCUGUGUGAUUACCUUGUCUUAUAACAAUCAAAUCAUUCAUGCAUAAUGAUCACAAAGAAUCCAUCUGUCUUUGUCUUUGCAGUGUGGUCAUCAAAUGACCCACUUGCAUGAGAGUAAGUAGGCUAUUGUGGUAACAUUGUCAUUGAAAUGUAUCUUCCAUGAAAACUUUGAUUUUGAUCAGUAGAUGAACUAUUAUAAAAGGUUUACCGGUGUAUUCACUUGGUCUGUACGUACAUGUAAGCAGUUGAGUUGGUCUGUUUCUCAGAUUGUCUAAUUACAUAUUUUGCUAAACCAG